GAUUUAUAUUUUCAACUUAUAUGCGUGUGUUUAGUCCGUGCUGUAUUCCUCCACGAGGUCACAUAAGUUAAGUAUUAACUGAUACGUAGGUAGAGGUCAGUGCUCUGUUGACAUACAGCUAAAUCUCCGUCAAAUAAAAAGGAGAAAAGAAACUUCACUCAGCUUGAGAGAAAACCAAAGAAAUACUAAGAACGAGGCACACAGACAGGCAAAGAGGAAGAUACAGACACAAACAGACAGAAAGAGACUGAGAGGGAGAACUGAGAGGGAAAUGUAGACAUGGAAAGGUAUAUAGAGAGACUUGAGGGACAGAGAAACUGAAAAGGGGAAGAGAGAGACACAGAGAGAAAGAGAAAGAGAGACACACACACACAGCCUGAAAUUUAAACAUUAUUCUGGAAGAUUAUCAACCAGGACACAAGGGGAAAAUUCCUCUCGCUACAAAGGGUUUGGGAGGAGGGACAGGCACACAGGCACAGGUACUGAGGCACACAGAUGGGAGCUGUGAGUUUAAGGUCUAGUUUGAGAGGCAGUACCUGCUACAGGGUUUUGACAGUGCAAGGAUGUUUCUUCUGAUGAUAGUUUCGAUUUCACUCCUGCCUUCAACCAAACAAUUCCUGCAAUCGGGACAGAACAUUACGUGGAACAAUACCCUUGGCUGUGGCCGCCCGGUGACGCCGCUGACCCCGGUCCAGCGGAUCUUCGGCGGGCGGCGGGCCCUGGGCUCGCAGUUCCCGUGGCACGUGCUGGUGCUGACGCCGGGCCGGGCGGCCGGGACCCUGAUCAGCCGCCGCUGGGUCCUCACGGCCGCCCACACCCUGUACCCCAAGGGCUCGGCCCGGCGCGGGGCGGCCCAGUUGGCGGCGGCGGUGACGGUCCACGGCGGCAGCGGCAGCGUGAGGGAGCUGCUGGCCUCGGCCCCGCUGGCGGUGGCGGCCGUCGCGGUGCACCCGGGCUUCCCGCCCGACCCGCACGACUUCGACAACGACAUCGCGCUGCUCCGGCUCCGGCGGGAGGUGGCGCUGAGCGCGAGCCUGUCCCCGGUCUGCCUCCCCGAGGCCCGCGGCCCGGGGUCCCCGGGGUCCCGCCGCCGCCCGCGACCCGGCACCGUGGGCCUAGUGCCCGGCUUCGGCCUGACCGACGAGCACGUCCUGCCGGACGGCCUGCGCUACGCGGCCCUCCCGCUGGCCUCGGCCGCCGACUGCCUGCGCUCGCUCGGCCCCGCGCGGGUGGCGGGCCGCCGGCCGCUGCUCAGCGACAACAUGCUGUGCGCCGGGGCCCCCGAGGGCGGCGCCGACUCCUGCGUGGGCGACACCGGCGGCGGUUGGGUCACCUUCGACCGCCGGGCCGGGCGCUGGCUGCUGCGGGGCAUCGUGUCCUGGGGACUCGGCUGCGGCCGACCCGGGCGCUACGGCGUCUACACCCGGGUGUCCCGGUACCUGCCCUGGAUCCAGAGGGUCACCCGGGCGGACGCACAAAACACAGUCACUACACUUCGCAGUGAUAGCCCGUUGAAGCGCUUCGGGACGUCCGGAAGACAAUCACGAAUUAACCCGAAAUAUUUAAUCCGAAUAGACCCACUGUGGAAAAAAAAAGGAGAGCCCCUGAGAACCAGCCCGUAG